ACAAGUGGAUGUCGGGGAGACGGCGGCCGCGCAAUCUUAACGCGACGGAAGUUUGAGGCGCGCGGGCGGGCGCUGGGAGCUGCGGCAUGUCGGGUCCGGGCUUGGUGGCCGGCGAAGUCGCCGUGGACGCCCUGCCCUAUUUCGACCAAGGCUACGAGGCUCCGGGCGUGCGAGAGGCGGUGAGUGGGGUGGGGGGCCGAGGACGCCGGGUCUUCCCUGCGUCCCUCUGACCGAGUGUCUCCCGCUUCGCUCGUUUGUCUUCCCCUCAGGCCGCGGCGCUGGUGGAGGAGGAGACGCGGCGCUACCGGCCCACCAAGAACUACCUGAGCUACCUGACGGCGCCCGACUACAGCGCUUUCGAGGUGAGGAAGGCGCCCGCCGGGCUCAAGUGUCCUCGGCAGGGCCGGAUUUACGUAUAAGCUAAACAAAUAAACCCCACAAAUAAAAUAAAAGCUACAUACAGCAACAGUGUUUUGUGUUGUGUAGGCUUCUAUGAUGUAAGUCAUUGUAUUUCAGUUCAACAAUUACUUUGAUAAAAUAUUUUGUUGUGUGCAAAUGGCUUUAGCAUAUAUAGCAUAUAUUCAACACAAAAAACUGUGACAAUUUGUUGUUGACAAAGGACAGCUGGACAUAUAAAGGGUCCCAUUACCUAUAGUAGCUUGGGGCCUCAUCAAACCUAAAUCCGACCCUGGUCCUUGGGUUCAGAGCUGGGACUUGCCGGUACUUGGACUGCAGCUCCCAGCAUCCAUGGCCGCUGGCUGGGGCUGAUGGGGAUGGUAGUCAUAACUAUCUCUGGCGGGCGAUAAUUUCCCCAUCCCUGUCGCGGAACUACGAGAAGUGGCCGUCCGAGUAUUUGCAAUGCCCGCAACGACAGUGAAACAGACUUUUGGCUGGUCAUGAUGGAAUCAUCGAGCUGUAGGGUAGGCAGCGACCCUCAAGGGUCAUCUACUCCAACCCCCUGCAAUGUAGGAAUCUCAGCUGAAGCAUCCAUGACAGGUGGACAUCCAACCUCUGCUUCACAACCUCCAAGGAAGGUCCGAAGGACUUAAUGUGGCACAAGCCUUGGUGGGCCAAGAUAGCAGACUCAAUGCUUCCCGCAUAUGAGAAGUUACUUUGCAGGGGUGUGCUUGUCUUUGCAGUGUAGCAAGAUUCCCCGAAAUCCACCACCUGGCAUACAGACACCCCCCCUGAAAUUUAACUUAAGGUCAGGAUUGAGUCUUGAAGACACACCUUUUGGAAUUGUCUCAGUAGGCAAUAGUUUGAAGUGCUUGUUGGUUUUGUUUUACAUGUGUAGCCAGUUUAUAAAAUAUCCAGGGUUGUUUACAAUAAUUAAAAAUACACAAUAAAAAAGCAGUUUAAGGAUGUUAAUCUAGAAAAGUUAUUUAAAAUAUUUAAGAAAUUUCUAGGCUGCCUUUUAGGGUCAAGACAUUGCAAAGUUCUUUUUACUUUAUUGAAAGUAAAUAUAUAUAUAUAUUAAAAUACCUUAAUAAAGCAGUUAAGUGUAGCCUGGCAGCAAUAAAGGUACGAAUAAAAAUAAGCCAGUGUUCAACUUCAAAAGUAAUUAGCGGUAUUUCCAACAAAUGUAAAACAGUUUUUCCUGCCUGUCUCCAAGUGAGCAAUGAAUAUUUUAAUAGAAAUCAAGCCGCUAGAGGGCACUGCCGUAACUAUUUUGUAUUGUGGGAUCCCAGCAUAGCAAAAACUUCUAAAGUAACAGCUUCACCUGAGUUACUAGUUUUAAGUAUAAACAUGAAACCACCUCUGGUUUCUGUUAACUUGUUUAAUAAAUUUUAAGGUAGCAGUACUUUAUUGGAUACUUAAAAGUAGAACUCUAAUUGUGGGGCCUGAUUUUGAUUACUGUGAUAUAGUUCCAUCCUAAAAAAUGUGCAGGGAUAAGUAUGUUUUGCUUGAAGAGAAAUUGGAGUAUAAGUGUUGUUUUUCUCAAAACAUAUAAGGAAAGAUGCAAAAAUAGAAAAAGAUUCUCAGUGUUUAGGGAGAAGUGAAUGGAGAACAUCUCAUAUUUAUAUUACAUAGAUUUUUGCAAUGUUCAAGAUACAUUACCUUGGGAAUCUUUAUAUUUUCAGCUGUUCUGUAAGGCAGGAUAGUAUAUUAUCUCUUUAUUGUAAAUGGCAGAGACUGAGAGAAAAGUGGCUUGCCUAAAGUUACAUUGUGACUUUCUGGACUAGGUAAAACUUGAACUGAGAGCUCUCUGAUUUCUAAGUCCUAGCAGUGCUUUGAAAAAUACUAUUUUUUGCCAAAGCCUGGGCUGAGCCCUAGGAUACAUGAAGUACCCUGAAUGUGUUCAGGAGUUCCAGGGACAAAGGGGACCUCUCUUAGAACAAAGUGAUUUUUUUGGUGUCGGGUUGAGGUCUAGAUCUUUGUUUCUUACGUGUGAUCAUAUUUAGAAUUUUUAGGUUAUCGUCUUCCGGACUGCAAGUAAUUCUUCUUGUGUUUUAUAGACUGAAAUAAUGCGGAAUGAAUUUGAACGCCUAGCAGCCCGACAGCCCAUAGAACUGUUGAGCAUGAAAAGGUAACUCAGAGACCUUCUGUGGGGUGUACCAUCUAUGCGAAGUCAUAAUCUAGAAAGAACUAAGGUUUGGAUGCAGGAUUCUGAAAAGUAUUAAAAUGUGAUGUUCUAGUUCUUGCCUCAGGGUGGCAGGCAUACUCUGUUGGAACAAUAGCUAGUGGUCUGUUAUGUCUUCAAGGAACUUGUAGGUCUGUUUGUGGAAUUAUAAUACAGUACAGCAUUUUAGCAAAAGAGAUUAAGUUUCUUUAUGCUGAUAGCAUUGGAGAAAGCAGACAUUGGGUCAUACUUCUGCAAAUAGGACCGCAUGUGCCUGAAACUAGACAAAUGAACCAAAAUUGUUGUGCUCCCCAGGUAUUUUAAAUAGCCUUUAGCGUUUACUGAGCUAUUGAACGCUGUUGAUACACAUCUAUUUCACUGAUAAAAAUUAGUCAUGGACAUGAUCAGUGCAAUGAUUUUUUUAAACUUCAAACCAUCUAAACUGUUGUUCCUGAACUAUAAUAUCUCUUGUUUUCUUCACAGAUAUGAGCUGCCUGCACCAUCCUCUGGGCAGAAGAACGACAUCACAGCAUGGCAAGAAUGUGUUAAUAACUCAAUGGCUCAGCUGGAGCACCAGGCAGUCCGAAUUGAGAAUUUGGAGUUGAUGUCUCAGUAUGGCUGCAAUGCCUGGAAAGUGUAUAACGAGUAAGAUAUUUGUGUCUCCUUCAAGUCAUUUCUUAAAAAGGGCUAGCUGGAAGGCUUUAUAAUUUUUUUUAGUUGUGAAAUGCUUCCAAAGUGAUAACGGAAAACCUUUCAAAAAAUCAGUCUUGAAGUCAAUGGAAUGCUGUCUUUCCUGCUACUGAGAACCGAACCUACCUCUCCUUCCUUAGCACUUUCACACCUGCAAGUAAAAAAUAAGAGCCAUAUACUAUUGGAUACUUCAUUGAAAAAGGUCAAGAAUUUGUUUUAUUCCUUCUUUCAGUGGAUCUUCAUUCACCACAUGAAUGUUUUUUAAGAUGAAAAGAUUAGAGAAGAUGCUGCAAGUCAGAAUGUAAACUUGGCAGUGGGGCAGUGGUGUCCAGACUUUUUUCAAAGAGGGCCAGAUUUGAUGAAGUGAAGGGCCAUGAGGGCCAAAAUUGUUGACCUUUUUUAUUAUUUUACCCCAAAGUUGAGCUUUUUCUGGGAUUGAACUUGUUGAGGUUUUUUUUAGGAUUUUACCCCAGGAAAUAAACUGCCACGAGGGCCAGAUUAAACCGACCGGUGGGCUGGAUUAGACCCCCAAAACGGACUUUGCACAUGCCUGCUGUAGGGAAUUGCAAAAGCUCUAAGCACUGGAUUGAGAGUUAAGAGUGUGUAAUGGUGCUGGUGGGUUCUGAGUUCCCUGCCCCCUCUUUACCAUGUCAGACUCCCCCACACUGGUCCCUGAAAAAUUUCACUGAUUAUUAGAAGCUGGCAUAGUAGAAGUUGCCUCCACUCAAUCUCAGGGAUCCCAUUCUCUCACCCCUUAUUUUCAGGGAGCUGGAGGGGCUGCUGCAGAAAGGAGGGGACAAAAAAGUAGUUGUUUUAUUUCAGGAUUUCUGUGCUCCUUUUUACAAAAUGUAUCAAAGUGGUAUACAACAAUGGAAAGCAAUAAGAAAUUUCAUAAAACUACACAAGACAUACACACAGCAUGCUUUACUGUGAAUCCUACCAUAUUUGUUUCUCUCAGUGAAAUAUUGAAUUUUCAUGACUUAAAAGUGUCUAAUCUAGAAAAAAGUUUCAUGUCAGCUUGGUUUACUAGUAAUUAAUUAAACAAGAAUGGACACCAAGUGCCAUAUUAGCAUUACUGGGAAUAUGGGAUGGGCCAAUUAAUGUGGUUUGGGUAAACUGAUUUUCUUUAAACUACUGUGGGUAUUAAGUUGGUACCUGAAGUUCAAACAUAGAACUGUGUCCUGUGUACCAAAUUUUAUUCUUAUGUUUCAGGGAUCAAUAGAGUUACAGCACUGUAAAGAGACAUACGAACAGAGUUAAGCUAAAGACCCCAGUUAGCUUAAGUUAUGCUUAAGAUAAAAUAUAGAUCAGUACAUUGCAUUACUUGAACUCUCUACUGGAAUCAUUUUUUGAACUAGUGUUCUUUGCUGAUAGGCAUUUAGUUCAUAUGAUUGAACAGGCACAAAAGGAGCUGCAGAGUUUGAGGUGAGUCCUGUUUUUCAGUUGCCUUUUGGAAUAAAAAUGGAAUUAUAGUUUAUGGGGCUCUAAUAAUGUAUAAGACUUUAGUCUUUGUUGCAGAUUGCAAAAUAUGCAUUCUAGUACGGGGUAUUUUGAAUUCUUCAUGUAUACAUGGGAUUGUGCAAGAAAUAAACGUUUAAAUAUGUUUUUCUUUCAUUUUGGAAUUUGGGGUUACUGCUGUUUUUAGACAUUCUCUUGGUUAUUAUGAAGGUCUCACUAGUUCAUCGUUUCCAAAUAUUAGAUACCAAAUGGUUACAUGGCUCUGUUUCCCUUAGAUAAUUUUCUGGAGACAACUCCUUGAGAAGCAGCAUACCAAGUAACAGCUCAAGAAUGAUACUCAUUUCUGGGAGUGAAGCUGUUUGUUGUAGAUUGUUUUUUUUUUUGAAUGACAUGAAGUUAGGUCUGUCAGUAGUUUGAAUCAGAGGGCCAGAUUCAACUUAUGGGUCCCUCCAGCCAGUGCUAUUUUUCUAGAAAAAGACAUGCUGGAAGUCCUCAUGAACACCUCCCUUGUUCUCUUAAAAUGGCAAUGGCGCCCACCUGAGAGGUGCUGGAACUGAGCUCUGGUGAGUUCUGUUUAAAAAAAAGCCUUGCUUCUAGCAGAACCCCAUCCAAGGACUUCUGCUAGUACGGGGGAGCUUCCCCCCUUCCUUCUACAUGCUUCCACACCUCCCUCAAAUUGGCUCUGGAGGAACUGGGAGAACCCCUAAACAGUUUGUGGGGGAGGAGAAAGGGAGAUCACUGACAAUCUCCGUUGUGCUGCAUUGAACUCUUUCCUGGAUCUCUCUUAAUGCAGGCAGUGUGCACAUGAUUAAUUUACUUUGAAAAAGAUGUAGUUUCCCUUUUUUCUAACCUUCAGUGCCAUAAAAUAUUGUAGAGAUCCAAAUUGCAGGGAUGAGCUCAUGUUUCCUGCUCCUGAAUCCUUGUCUGUUAAGUUGCAUGGCUAGCUAGGGCCACCGUUAAAACUAAAAGGUCAUUCAUAAUUACUGAUAAAAUGCUUUUUGAGAAGAAAUUCAGAAGAAAAGAAUUAGGAGUGCCAUACAAGGACUAAUUCAAGAAGCAUAUGUACAUUGUUUUUUAGAGAUCUGAAUGGUGAUGGAGUCCACAAGUGGUGCUACUUCUGGAUAAUGGAUCUAGAUCAGAUGUGGCUAACAGGUCUUUUUAGCCCGAGGAUCACAUUCCUUGUCGGCCAACUCUGAAGGCUGCAUGUCAGUGAUAGGUGUGGCCAAAGCAUUAAAGUGUUGAAUCCAGAGUCUUUCAGAACUCUUAACAUUGCUUCUGAGAUAGUCCAAAAUAGUUGUCCAAGCUCCUGCUUUUAGGGCUGAAUAUGUGAUUGUACAGUCUAUUCCACUUUUCUGUGGACUUAGGAGGGCAGCAGAAUAAAUGACUUCAAGUGAUUCAGUAUGUCACCCUUUUCUUCAGGAAACACAUUCAAGACCUUAACUGGCAGCGGAAGAACAUGCAGCUCACAGCUGGUGCUAAACUUCGAGAGAUGGAAUCUAUGUGAGUUUCUUGAACUUUGCUCCCUGCCUCUUCUCUUUCAGGGAGGAACACAACCUCAUACAAAACCAGUUGGAAGUCUCAAUAGAGAUUGGCUUCCCUCAACCACAGCACUUCCAACUUGUUCCCUUAACUGGUAACCUAGCAUUAAGGAAGCCUAUGGUAAUUUAAUUUUUGUUCUCUUUCCCCCCUCAGGUGGGUGUCCCUGGUCAGUAAAAACUAUGAGAUUGAACGAACUAUUGUGCAACUGGAAAAUGAAAUUUCUCAAAUCAAGCAGCAACAUGGAGAGGCAAACAAAGAAAACAUCCAACAGGACUUCUGAGACUUGCGUUGGCCUUUAGCUGCAAAACACAAAAACUGAAGUCUGUGCAUGGCUGUAAAUUCUAAUUUCUUAGAGAGUGUGUGUGUGGGGGGGGGGGGGAAGCUGUCAUUUGUGCAACUGAUUGCUGAAAAACUGAUUGCAAGGAACAGAAGUGUUCCUAAAAGGAUUUACUGAAUUUCCCAAUUUCUGGCGUGAAUGUUGCAGAUUUGUUGCUUGUGUAUGUUUCCAGUUUUUUAAAAUAACUAAAAAUAAACAUUUUUCAACUUAAUUUGUGUUCUAGUAAAAACAAAGCAAUGAAAAGUUACUACUUCUAAGUUAUAUUAGAGGUGCCAAUGCUGCCAGCUAUAGCUGUUAGGAAGGAAUACAAGCUUUCGGGUGUUAAAGGGUCUUUGUCAAAUCCGAUUUCUUCAGAGUUUCAAUUAUUUGCACUACUGUAGCUCAAACUUAAGUAACUUAAUAAACUUAAUAAAAAAUGUAACUUGCAUAUUUUUCAGAAAUAUGCAAGGUGAGACCAAACAUAUGUAUCAUUCAGGAGUUUGUACAUCAAGCAGUUGGUUAAAAUUGUAUAACUGGUGGGAUUCUUCAUGUGUCCUUACUUAAGAAGUGAAAGGUAUACCUUUGCUUCUAAAAAAUGGGUUACAAAGGUGAGAGCCUGUUUCAUGACCCUCCUGCCAUAGCUGCUGAACACGUUGAUGGUAGGCUACUAGUAUUUUGAGCAGAGUUGGUUGUAAAGUUUGGCAAUAGUCUCAAAAUCUUUACUAUGCCACUGUAAUAGUACGCAUUCAUAGUGACGUACUCAAGAGCAUUCUUAGCACAUGUUGCUGUGGGGAUGUAUGUUCAGUUAACAUUAAGACAAGGAAGGACCAGGGGACAUCAAUGGACCUGUGAAUAGAAGUAUUCAACAGCAGGUAAUGAAUGGGUUAUGCUUGUGUAUCACACUAAUGUCUAAUAUUAGAAAGUGCAUCUCUUGGUAAGCCAGGCCCUGUCUCACUGACUUCACUAAUCCUACACCUCAAAAAAGUUUCCAAGUACGAUUCCUGGUCUGUAGAAGCACUGACAAAAAGUGGACAACUUUGUUAUCAGCUGUCCCUAAGCCUAUUCUAGUAAAGGUAAAGGCAAAGGACCCCUGACAGUUAAGUCCAGUCGCAGACAACUCUGGGGUUGUGGCAUUCGUCUCGCUUUACAGGCCGAGGGAGCUGGCGUUUGUUGUUGCUCCUCUGCCCCACUGAUGGAUUGAGGGCAGGAGUUUGUGAAAGGACAAAAUUGGGGCAGGACUCAAGCACUCAGAUUUUGAUCUGCAUGGAGGAAUUAACGGAGUGGUGGCUGGAAGACUUCCCAUUUUGAGAUAGGUUUUUCAAAUGUCCAGUUAGUAUCUGUGUCAUCUGUAAUCAUGGCCGUGUACUAGGCACAGAAAAAGGGAACUGGUUGAUAAGUGUAGUCUCUAAUGGUAGUCCUUACCUGGGCAGCUUUGGGAAAUGUUAUGCUACUGAAGAAGACAUUAAGAAGGGGCUAAAAUAUGAAAGAGGAAGUGUGCCAAAUAAUUGGAAAUUACAAGUGCUGGACAGUAUUGUAGAAGAUAUGACACCAAGAAGUAGGAGAAGGUGGACUUCCUUCUGAGGAACAGGGAAAGUGAGUGGGGGGUAUAAAGGGAGAUGAGUUGAAAUGUUCACUGGGGUUGGCUUGGGUGUCCUUGUUGCUACCACUAAAUGGUGGUGACCUAUCUAUUUCAUCCAUUACAAUCCACUUAGCUAUAUUAGCAGCUUAUCACCUAAUCAGUUACAAGCCAUCUUUUCACAGUUCCUUAUCCAGAGGUUUCUUAAGGGCUUGAGGAAUUUUAAUUCUCCAUCUGCACUGCCUGCGUCAACAGGAGAUCUGGAUUUAGCCCUCUUAAGGCUAAUGCUUCCGCUGUCCAAGUCUCCAACCACACUUUCUUUAAGCAGGAAAGUAGGUUGCACUGUCUGUGUACAUACCACAAGAGCAAAUUCAGAAGUUUUUCCUAGGAGUCUGUGGAUUCUUCAUCAGUAAGUCCAGUUUCCAAAAGCAUGUUACUAACCCGAUAAUUGGGAAUCAACUGGCAGGAGGAAGGUGACUUGUUUUCUUGGUGGAUAGACAUUGCUGGAUUCCACCAAUAAUACUUGGCAGAAGAAAGUCACCUGCAUUUUUUAUUUUAAAAAUCUGUCUUCAAUAAAAACUUAAGUCUUGGAACUGUUACCU